ACCCAGGCCGCGGUACAGCCUGGCGCUCAGCUGGGGCUGCUUUCCUGGAGGCGUGCGCUGGUGCAGGAGCCGCGCUAGAGACCGGACGCCUCCAGCAGGGCCCAAGAGGAGCGGAGGAGCGCCGAGCGCAGCCGCCGGGCUCGCCGCCGCGAUGUCAGCGCAGUGCUGUGCGGGCCAGCUGGCCUGCUGCUGUGGGACUGCAGGCUGCUCCCUCUGCUGUGGCUGCUGCCCCAAGAUCCGGCAGUCCCGGGGCACCCGCUUCAUGUAUGCGCUGUACUUCAUCCUGGUCGUCAUCCUCUGCUGCAUCAUGAUGUCCGAGACCGUGGCUAAGGAGAUGCGGGAGCAUAUUCCCUUUUUUGAAGACAUCUGUAAAGGCAUCAAGGCAGGCGACAGCUGUGAGAAGCUGGUGGGGUACUCUGCCGUGUACAGUGUCUGCUUCGGCAUGGCCUGUUUCUUCUUCUUGUUCUGCCUCCUCACCUUCCAGAUCAACAACAGCAAAAGCUGCCGGGCCUAUAUUCACAACGGCUUUUGGUUCUGUAAAUUCCUGCUGUUGGGGGCCAUGUGCUCAGGAGCCUUCUUCAUUCCAGACCAGGAGACCUUUCUGAAUGCCUGGCGCUACGUGGGGGCCGUUGGAGGUGUCCUCUUCAUAGGCAUCCAGCUCCUCCUGCUGGUGGAGUUCGCACACAAGUGGAACAAGAACUGGACUGCAGGUACAGCGACCAACAAGCUGUGGUACGCCGCUCUGUCCCUGGUGACACUCGUCAUGUAUUCCGUCGCCGCUGGGGGCUUGAUAUUGAUGGCGGUGUUUUACACUCAGAAAGAUGGCUGCACAGAGAACAAAAUCCUGCUCGGGGUCAACGGGGGCUUGUGCCUGCUCAUUUCAAUGGUUUCCAUCUCGCCCUGUGUCCAGAAUCGGCAGCCACACUCUGGGCUCCUGCAGUCGGGCCUCAUCAGUUGCUACGUCACCUACCUCACUUUCUCAGCUCUGUCCAGCAAACCCGUGGAAGUCAUUCGGGAUGAACACGGGAAGAACGUCACCAUCUGUACGCCUGACUUCGGGCAGGACCUGUACAGAGACAAGAACUUGGUUGUGGGACUAGGAACCACUCUCCUGGUGGGGUGCAUCUUAUAUUCAUGUCUGACAUCCACAACAAGAUCGAGUUCAGAUGCUCUGCAAGGACGCUACGGGGCUCCGGAGUUGGAAGUCGCUCGCUGCUGCUUCUGCUGUGGCCCGGAUGGAGAGGACACUGAGGAGCAGGAGAAUGUGAAGGAGGGACCACGAGUGAUUUACGACGAGAAGCGAGGCACUGUCUACAGCUAUUGCUACUUCCACUUUGUCUUCUUUUUGGCUUCCCUCUAUGUGAUGAUGACUGUCACCAAUUGGUUCGACUACGAAAGUGCCAACAUCGAAACCUUCUUCAGCGGGAACUGGUCCAUCUUCUGGGUCAAGAUGGCUUCCUGCUGGGUGUGUGUGUUCGUGUACCUGUGUCGGCUGGUGGCACCGCUUUGCUGCCCCUCCCGUGAGUUCCUGGUGUAAGACUCCGCAUGUCCCCUCGACUCAGCAGGACCUGUGGGCUGGAAGUGACACCCUUGGAACCAGGGCCCCCGACGGGCGCAGUGACGGGCGCCGUUCCCAGAGCUGGGCAUCCCUUUCAGAAGAUAAUCUUGAGUUGACUUUUUUGAUUCUGAAAUUUGAAAAGAAAUGAAGAAAACUUUUGUUCCAAAAGACUUGAGACCAAAAAAAAAAUUUAUUUUCUUUCAGCCAAAGUGAUGAGUGCUCACAUGAUAAUGUCCUAGGUGGGUCUUAUCCCUCAAUACUGUGAUCAUAGAUAGGAUAGCUUUAUCCUCUGAAUUUUCUUACCGUAGAGUUUGGGGUACAGCAUCUUGUCCCCGGGGUAAUGCUGACCUGGUGUGGCCUAUUGUUCCUACCCUUGGAACGGGGAACAUGCCAACAUCUGCCCCGAUAGAGGGGAUGCCCCUCGCCCUGCCUGCAGCUCCUGGUGUUCGGGGGCUAUCAGAGGAAGCACCUGCUUUGAAAGCUGCCACAUGCUGCUUCCUCCUGGCUUUCGUGAUGCUGGGAAUCACGGGCUUUGUUCUGCCCACCCCCUUCCCACAGGUCCCCUCUUCUUUCCUGAAUUCUGCCUCUUUAUUAGAAUGUGAAGAAGCACAAUUGAUCAUCACUACCCCUGUGGUCCCACCACUGAUCCUCACUAUCUAAGCCAAGAAUCAGGAUGAUUUCUGGUAUUCUUCAUGUGCUUCGAAAACCGCAUCCAUGUUUCGUCCUUCUGGACGGUGGAGGGCUAUAGUUCUGAGAUGUGUGUGCUGUUAACACUUUAGGACCUUACCUGGAAAGUGGCUUCAUGACUAAAGCCCACUAGACUACUUUUCUCAUUAAGGCCGCCCCCCUCCAUUUUUUUUCUACCUUGUAAAUUGGAAAAGCAAGAGAGACUUUGGUUUCCAUGUCUGUAAUAUAACUGCAUCGUAGGUGUCACUUAUGGGUGUUUUGGGGGAUGAUCUGUAGCACUUCGGAUGGGACUGACUCACCAGGAGAUUAUACAAAUUGUGGAAGUGACCAAAUCUAUUUAGAAGAAAAGCUGGGUGGAAGGAGGCAUUUAGUCACAAACAGUCCAAGACGUUGCCAUAAUACUUAACUGUAAAGGAAUACCCAAGAGAAAGUUGACUUUGGGCAGCUGUGUUGCCAUUGAGGUCAGGUCAGGAAAAUGCUUGCUCUGUGGGAGGUUUGCUUGGGAUCUCAGUGGAGACUGACAGGGACACCUUGAUAGUAGUUGGUGCAGGUUUGAAAGAAUCCAUUGGAGAAAGAGCUCACAGGCCCGUGUAUGGGCUUUGCAUGAGGAACAGUGCUCUCUGCCACCCAACAGCACCACCAGCUAUGGACCAAAAUAAGCGAGGUUGAAAUUUUAACUGCUCUGGCAGAAGGGGACUAAGAUCAAAAAGGCUUGGUCUGUAUUUUUGUCCUGCUGUGUGCUGAGCUCCUGCAUGCCAAAAUGCCACCAUGAGAGAUUAGAUUCUUCAUUUCUGCCUGCUCCUUUGCUGUCCUUGCUCCCCCCCCCCCCCAAAAAAAAAAAAGAGGAACAAAUACAAUGAAUGGAUUCCCUAAGGAACUAACCUUAUUGACAGUGUUGUGAGUCAGUAUUUAAACACACUCAUUGGGUAUGUGGCCGAGCACCUCUAGUAAAGUUGGUCCCAGGUCAGUUUUUGAUUUCCGGACCUGGAGCCCUCUUGAGUUUGGCCAUGAAGCCCACAUGUGGAGUCCUAAAAUGAUACACCACCCCAGUGAAGGCAGGUAUGGGGGGCUGCUGUGAGCGCAUGUGCACCGCAGACCAGAGGGGUUGCAGGAGCAAUCACACAAAGAGGGUCUGGGACAUCAUGCGUGGUCUGGUGGUGUUUGCUUUCUGCUGGUUCUAGCUGGGUCUCGCUGUGGCCCUUGCAGCAGGUCAAGGGCAAACUGAUGUACUUGGCCCGUGUGUGUCUCCCUCCUCCUUGGAAAGUAGCUCAGGAAACCCAGAGGCCAGGACCUUGCCAGGCACAGGACUCAGUACCGUGUGCCCGUCAAGUUCCUUUCGGGAAGUUGGGGUGAUCCAACCAGAGGAGAUCCAGUCAUUCUGAUUUUUAUUCUCUGCUGAGUUUUAAGGCAAGUUGGUUAGGGCAGAGAGAUAGCAUAGUGGGUGAGGCGCUAGGUUUAUCCCCUGCACUGCGUGUGGUUUCCCGGAGCUUGGCCAAGAGUAACCCUGAGCACAGAGCCAGGAGCGCUGCUGGGUGUAGCUCAGAAACCAAAUGAAAUUGGAAACUGUAAAGUACAGCAAGUCUUACCAUGAAUGAGAGAAAGAUGUGGCUAUGCUCUGAGAAGUAGACAUUGAGAACCUGGCUUUAGUAAUUAUUGUAAUACACAACGCUCAGGUUUUGAAAAACCUACAUUUUUGUGCUUGAGCGACUUAAAAACUGGAAAACGGGGCCAGUUGCUUGGAGGUGCUAUCAUGGUGGUGUUUGUCUCACUGAUCAUCUUUUUAAAUGGGUUUUUGCUUUUUGUCUGCGAUUUGAAAAGUGUGUUCCUGACAGCUGCUGGUCAGACUCCUUUUGUGCUGAAAGCUGAAGUUUUUUGUUUUUGUUUUUAGAAAUUGUGUGUGCUUCAUCUGGGGUAGGGACUUUUCUUCUUCUUUUUUUUUUUUUUUUGAAUAAAAACACUAAAUUCGGGGUGGGGGUGGGAUAACAGGAUUUUUCUGGGAAUGUGAUUGUAUAUAUACCCGGAUGUGUCCCCUGGGCUGAAGACAGACUCUGAAAGCCCUCCUUGACCCUUUUGGGUUAUAUUUUAAUAAUAAUGGGAACAAGUUGGUUUUGAUUUCAUCCUCAUAGUUUCUUGGGAAAUGGCUUGAAGAAUUCUCAGCGGUCUGUGGCACUCUCUUAUACAGGGGGGAGGGUGGGACUCCUGGGCGUCCUCAUCCUGGAGCCCCUCCCGAGAGGCCAGCCCAGAGCGCUGUGUUGCUUACAAGUUGUUUGUGCGUCUUCAGAGGCUCCUACAGGCCAGCUGACUCUGUAGUGCUGAUUCCUCCUGUCACCCAUUGCCUUCUUGAAGAUUGGGUACUCAAUUUUGGCUACAAGUUUGCCACCAUUGGUGCUUCACGAUAACCCUGCAAAGGGAAUUCCAGACUAUUUUAGCUACCUGGGCCUUUCUUUCCCUUUGCUGCCUUUCUCAGCAACAUCUCAUGUUGGUGUCCAUUCGUGUCCAGCCCCUCUUGGAAGGGAAAGAGGGUGUGACCCCCAGCUAAGGGUGCGAACUUGGGGCUGAGACCAGGUUCAUCCCAGGCCCUAUUUAAUCAGGGACAGUGCAGGAGCCACAUCCUCACAGAAAUCUGGAAUUCUUUAGUCCUUCCUCCUUCCUUUGCUAAUAGGACUAACCCCCUAUGGCUUUGUUCUUAAGGCAACCCUUUUUACUACAUUUGUUAAGCCCUUAGACAUUUUAAUCUAGUCAAAGAUGUCUAAUAUUGACCCUUCACAGGCUCAGAGAGCUGUUUACAUAGGUCUUCAGAACUAACCUGGCUAUUCUAAACAUCUUCCUCUUUUAUUCUUCUCUGCAAAUUAUUUGCAGAGGUGCAGUAUUUUUGAAGUUGGGGGGAGGGGCAGGGAGGGUGGCUAUUUGGCUUUACCAAAGAGGUGUUUGGUUUUUUUUUCUUUUUCUUCUUCUUCUUCUUCUUUUUUUUGUGAAAGUGAAUUUCUUUUAGGAAAAAAAUUUAAUUGGGGAAGGAUGGAUUAAGAAAUGCCCAACCUACAGAAGUUUAAUCGUAUUUAAGUGGGCGACUUGUUGAUAGACUUCUUAAGGCAAUCCUUUGUAGUAAAGGAUCCUGGGAAAUUCUCUCAGGUACAGAAAGCUUGGAGAAGAUGGGUAAUAUAUGUCUUGAGAGAUAUUUAUAAGAAAUUUAAGAAGAUUGUUGUUUUCCUUUAUUAAAGAUUAUGUUUUUUUUUUUACUUUGAAAAAAAAGCCACAAAAGUUUUAUAGUCAUAUAAUUUUUUUUAACUUCUCUGAAGUAAUUAGCUGUUGCCAAAUUAGGUUGUUAUGUUUUGCUGUGUAAGAAUUUAAAAAUAUAAUUUUACUGUUUGAAAUUUUUAAUGAUCUUGGUUAUGUUUAGAGUUUUGAUAACUUUCAAUAGGUAUUUUUUCCCUUUAGUCACAGAGGCAAACUGUGGGUUUAUAUUUGUUUUUUGUGUUUUUGUUUUUGUUUUAUUUUUUGAGUGCUAAUUUUUUUCAAUACAGCAUUAGAAGUUGACCAGACUUUUCUUAUGUAGAAAACUGAAAACUUGUUAACUCUGUAUCUUAAUAAAAAUGAAAA